CUUGAUCAGCAGCAUCCUACGCAUCGUUCGAUCAACAACAACAUCAAUCCAAAAACUGAACCACUCGACUCACGUGUGUGAGCAGAGUCCGUUAGGGCCCCCGAGCUGAUGUUACAAGGCGCAAAAGGUGAGAAAACUCGAUGCAAAGCAAACUACUACUACGCACAACUCCUAUGCAGGUCAAGCCUCUACAGCAGUCACUGUUUGUUCUGCAACUCUGGUACGCAAUUUUGCAUUGUGCACGACAGACAUGAUAGAUGCAGGACUCUCGUGGAUACUUUCUUUCCUCAAUCCGUUAUCUGCGUCCGAGGACUGAUCACAGCGUGUAUAUUUUUCACAUGCUGUAUAUCUUACCGGCGGCAAAAACUCCACUACACGUGCACCGAGAUCCGUCGUACACCAAGCCAAGAGUUGUCGAACCAAGAUCCUUUUUGUCGACUUUUGCCUUCGUUCUUCCUUCACACAAAGUGUGAGUACCCCAGCAGUUCAUACCACUACACACAAACAAUGUGUUUCUUCUUCCUCGCUGUUAUUGUUGCUUUGGCGGCAUCUAUCACGUGCGUCAAUGCAUGUCAAAGUUUGCUCCAGAGUUGUGAAACAGCAAGUGACUGCUGUGAAGGUUAUGGCUUGAUCUGCGCGACAUUUGCGAGUAGGAGUGGUUUGCUGUGCAUCGACAUUGCACCUGAUGACUCACCUUUUGCGACUCAGCACUCGAGUAACAAAGUCUGCUAUACAAGCAACACACUGGUGAGCCAAAUGUCUACCGUUGCAUUAGUGUUGUUGUUGAUCGAACCACACGUAGGACGGCGCUGAUUGAGAAAUGACUGGAGUCAAUAUUGAGCUGAAGUAGAUAUGUCGAGUGAAUGAAGUGUUUGCGUACUUUUUGCUCUUAGUGUGAAUAGAGCCCAUGGGUCGAUCAUAAAUCAAAUGCCACGUGUUACGCCGUCUAUUAGUCGUUCGUAUCGUUUUCUGCGUGUCCUGUCCAACCGUGGGACGCUACUGUUUGAUAAAUGAACAAUAUAUUUGCGUACUUUUUGCUCUUUGUGUAAACGAAACCGCAGGGCCUGGCCAUAAA